UUCAGAGUCAAUAGUGUAUCAAUUAGUUUAGGGAAAUUUCAAUUCUGCUAGUCCUAGUUUUGGGAAUGUUAAACCCCAAACUUAGUUAAUGGUGAAUCAGUUAGGUUAUGCUAGAGUCUCUUAUACCAUUUAUAGGAAGUAUUAUACAGGGCCAUGUCAUAAGGUGAUUGGUGCAUGCUUUAGGUGUGGAUGGAUAGGUCAUUUGAGAAGAGAUUGUCUUUUUAUUCAAUCUAUGUCAAGUCAUGAAUCAGUUCAGCCUUCUCCCCACCCUACUUCAUCUUCAACUCCACCUUUCGAGGCCACUUUUACUUCAACUAACAAGAGUAUGUUAGGAAAGGGAAAUGGAAAGUGGGGGCAGUCUUCUGGUCAAAGACAAGCGAGAGUUUAUGCUAUAACGAGACAGGAUGCUAGAAUGUCGAACGCUAUUGUUACAGUGGUCGAUGGUGAAAGUGGAGACUCGCUGUCGCUGUGCAAGGCUCAAGUUCUUCAUCAUGCUUCUCUGUCUCUAUUUGUCUUCUCCGCUGCUGUUCUGUUCUUGUUAUUCACGUGUGUGUAGCUGGUGUGCUUGAGAAUCAGGUCGCUGAAACUGGUAGGGCUGUUCGCGAGCUCUUUUCUGCUUGUUCUGAUGUUGUGAUUUUCAUUUUCUUCCUUUUGUGUACACCCUGUUAGAUUCGUCCCCUAUGUAGUUUUUGAUCUUCUUUUCCUUCUUCUUUUGUUGCUGUGGUUCCAGUUGCGUCUGGUCCCCCUCUCCUUAAUGCUGUUAUU